AUGAGCAUAAGACCAUGUACUGCGAAAUCUGUGAUAGCGUGGAACUGGGGACUCAAAACAGAAGCUGGCCUGGUGACGUUAAGAUCAGAAGAAUGCCAACCUGCGUACAUCGAUGACCUUCAGCAGCCCUGCUGCUUUGCAAAGCAGGGAUUCCGUCAUGCUUGCCUGGUGCAGUCGUCUCAGAUCCAAGUUGUGAAUUAUGAUACAAAGUGCACUGUGUGCGCUCUCAAACCACAUGACGGUUCGUGGACACCCAGCACCCUCAAUUCGACCCUCGUCGCGGUCUCUCCUGACGUCCUUUGCCUUGUUGACGCCCAGGAUCCGUAUCUGGUUCGCGUGUUCGACAUUCUGACAGGUUCGGCGAUAGCUAGCCCACCUGCGCACUCCAUUGGAAUUAAAGAGAUCAGCCUCAGCCAGCAAGAGAACACUCUAUCGCGCAAGCUGGCGAUUCUCGAUGACGCCGGUGAUCUGCUACUUUCUCCUCUCCACAGCCCGUGCUGGAAAAAACUCAAUAAGUUUCCCGUGCAGUCCUUCGCUUGGGACGAGAUUACUGACACGCUUGCUUCUAUCUCCAACAGCACGGUUGUUUGCUGGCUCGUUCCAGCUGCCGCCUUCCUUAGUGGGGACCUCCUUGAGGAGAGCCAGAUCACCAAGGAAACAGGCGACCAGAACCUCGGGAGUCAAAUCGUCGCCUUCCAGAACGGUUACCUGACUAUGCAAAGACCGGACGGGGCUAUGCUUCAGGUUGCUGUUGCACCGUUCGCUAACGCAGUAUUUGAACAGGUUGCCAAGCUUCGUUGGGAUCGCGCCAUCAGGCUUUGCCGGUUACUGAAAGUCAAUUCAUUCUGGGGUUACCUUGCUGCUAUGGCACUUUCACACAGAGAACUCGGCACUGCAGAGGUUGCGUUCGCGGCUCUUGGGAGCAUGGCCACUGUUCACCAGCUUCAGCGUAUCCAGAGUCUCAAUCACCCGAUCCGAAGAGCUGCCGAAAUAGCGCUUCUUUGUCACCAGACAGAUGAGGCCGUCCACAUCCUUGUGAAACAUGGACUCGUGUACCGCGCCCUAGAAAUACUUAUGGAAGUCCACCGAUGGCAGGAGGCUCUGCAUCUGGCAGUUGCCAGCAAGUUACACGUCGACACGGUUGUCGCCCACAGAAAAAAAUUUCUAGAUGGUUUUGGUCUCUCUGAAACAGACUCAAAGUUCAAGGCAGCCCUUCAGGCAAUUGAGAUCGAUUGGCCAGCUAUCCAUGCGAAGAUUCAGAGGGAGACAGAGGAGGAAGAGAAGGAAGCAACUGUCGCAGCACUUCCGGCGCAAAGUAAGGGUGAUUGA